CGCACCAACACGUUGACCUUAGCGGUACACCAACAAUACCUUCCGGGCCCCCGCCGACUAGCCGAGGCUGGAGAUGAAUCCAUGAAGUCAUAAUUUUUUUCCCCCCAAUAACUGCGUUUCCCCGCUGAAGGGAAAAUUUGUAUGUUUAUAUUUACACAUAGGAGCUCUGUUGAACAUUGUUCCUGUCGAAGCCGCUGUCGGUUCACGGCUCCCUGUUUAGCUGAACAUGUCUGCGGAGGAAGCGGACAAAACAACCACCACUGAUGCCAGCGCUGGAGAUGAGGAGGAGGAAUGGCUGUAUGGAGAUGAGUCAGAGAGCAAAGACGAGGAUGAAGAAGCCAAACUGAACGCUGCAGUCAGUGCACCUGCUGAUGCUUCCACAGAGGACGCUGCUGCAUAUGCUACAGGAAAUGGAGUGGCCUCUGAGGCCACAGGUGAAGCAGCAGGUGAGGAUGCGGACAGUGACAGCGACAGCGACGAUGACGAUGAUGACGUCCGAGUCACCAUUGGAGACAUUAAAACUGGAGCCCCACAAUACACACCUUAUGGAGCUCCUCCUGUAAAUCUCAACAUAAAGACAACAGGCUCCAGACCUUAUGGACAAGUGUCCACAAAGCUGAAGGGAGUGGAUCUUGAUGCUCCUGGAAACAUAAAUGGGGUUCCAGUGCUGGAGGUGGACAUGGAGUCCUUUGAAGAGAAACCCUGGAGGAAGCCAGGAGCGGAUCUGUCUGACUACUUUAACUAUGGCUUCAAUGAAGACACAUGGAAGGCUUACUGUGAAAAACAGAAGAGGCUGCGUAUGGGUCUGGAGGUGUCCACAGUUGGCUCAGUGACAAGCAAGAUCACUGUUCAGCAAGGCAGGACAGGCAACGAGAAAGACAUAUCCAGUUUGCCUGUUCACACCUCGAAGCCAGACUUCACAUCUCCUGUCAGCCUGUACAAGUCUGCCGUCAGUCAGGUCACCAGGAUCUCUCCCCCUCAGUGGACUGGCCCGCCUGCUCAGGACAUGUCUUAUUAUACGAAGACGAGUGGUACCAUAGAUGUGAUUGGUGGACAGACGGCCACCAUCAGCAGGGUUGAAGGGCGACGCAGACACAACCUAGAUGGCAAUAAUAUCCAGGUGAUCUCUGAACAUUCCACGUCAGAGGCUGAACCCACCCCAGCUAAGAUGCCCGCCUUUUUCCCCCCCGGGCCACUUCCUCCAAACAUACCGCCACCUCCAUUUCUCCCUCCACCACCAAACGUCAGCACUGCACCCCCACUCAUCCCCCCACCCAGGUUGCCCAUUACUGUCCCUCCUCCUGGUUUUCCUCCUCCGCCUAGUGGGCCCCCUCCUGCUAUUAUCCCCGCUAUGGACAGUGGCCACCCUGGAGGUUAUGAUGGACGCUCUGUACCUCCGUACCCGUUCCCUCAAGGCGCUUACCCUCCACCCAUGGCUGGAGGUGUGCCUCCUCCAUGGCCCCCGAUAAUGGACAACUCUAAACCCUGGGACUACUAUUCCCGUCGAGACGACAAGAGAGAAAAGGACAGAGACAGGCCAAGGGAGAGGACACAUGAGCGGGAGAGAGAAAGGGAUCACAGUCCUUCGGCUAUGAGCUACACCAGCGACGAGGAGCGGUACCGUUACCGUGAGUACCAGGAGCGUGGUUAUGGAGAGCGCCAUCGUGACCGGUCAAGCCGAGAAAAAGAGGAAAGACACAGAGAGAGGCGGCACCGAGAGAAAGAGGAGGGACGCCACAAGUCCUCUCGCAGCAGCAGUAGCAGGAGGAGGCACGACAGCGAGGAGGGAGACAGCCACCGGAGGCACAAACACAAGAAGAGCAAGAGGAGCAAGGAGGGCAAAGAGGCCAGUGAGGAGAUCAGCGCAAACCAAGAGAACCAGGAGGCCAUGGAGUAGUGAUCGCUACCUCCCGUCUUCCUCUCUCCGUCUGUCUGUCUCCAUCUGUGUCUCCCACCAAGAUGCAAAAGAAGGAAAGAGAGGACAUGAGUGCAGACCAACAAAACCAGAAAGUCGCAGAGUGAUCGAUGUGUCCUGUCGCUCCCCUCCACAUCAGUGUCCAUCCUCCCCGCUGUCGUUCAUCCAUCACUUCAGACGGAGAAUGGAUGGGGCACAGGAGGUGGUGAAGGAGGGAUGGUCGUCCUCUUAUGUCCACCAUCUUUCCAUCGCUAGCUGACAUCAGGCAAAGCAUCAUUCUUCUGCCACCUCCUUCUUCUCUGAGCCCUUCUAUCAGAGCACUGCUGUAACAGUUAGGUUAUGCUCAGAGAUUUCACUGUAUAGUCAGGACGAUCAGCAGAAUUUUGCUCUUUUUCUGUCAUUUGGUUUGUUUGUUGUCCUUUUGUUCUUGUCCUGUAUGAAGACACCUGUAGAGAGCUGUCUGUUUAAGUUCAAUUAAAAAACACUUUUGAUAAAA